GUUUUCGGUCGCUGCCCGAGGAGUAAUUCGGAGGAGACGGCUCCAUAUUCCCGCGGCCGCGGCGGCUGCGGCGGGGAUGGAGCGGGCGGCGCGGGCGGCGUAGCCAGCUCGCACGGGGGGGGCCGCGGGCAGCGCCGCGCCCGCCCGCCGCCGCGGGGUGAGGGCUCCCCGGCCGCCCCCGCCCGGCCAGGCGCCCCGCCGCCAGCCGGCUCCCUGGUACCGGGGGCUGCUGGGGUUGUGUCCAAGGCCUCCCCCUCCCCCGCGUACACACUCACACACUCACACACACUCGCACACUCACACACGCACACCCCAUCUCCUCCUGCCGCCGCCGCCGCCGGAGAGAGCGGGGAUUGCCCGCGGCCCGGCCCCGCUCCCGGCUGCGCCCCGUGCCCGGGCGCAUCGCACCCCACGGGGGCUCGCCCGGCUGCCCCCGGGGCGGCGUGUGCGGGGCGGGGGGUGUGGGCGGGCGGGGGGACACACGGCGGCUCCCGCGGCGGCUCCCGAUGGCUCGUCCGCGGCCCCGAGAAUACAAGGCUGGAGACCUGGUGUUCGCCAAAAUGAAGGGGUACCCGCACUGGCCGGCCCGGAUUGAUGAACUCCCUGAAGGAGCCGUGAAGCCUCCAGCAAAUAAAUACCCCAUCUUCUUUUUCGGGACUCAUGAAACUGCAUUCCUGGGGCCCAAAGACCUUUUCCCAUAUAAAGAAUAUAAAGAUAAGUUUGGGAAGUCGAACAAGCGAAAAGGAUUUAAUGAAGGCCUGUGGGAAAUAGAAAACAACCCUGGAGUAAAGUUUACUGGAUAUCAGGCAAUUCAGCAACAGAGCUCCUCAGAAACUGAAGGAGAAGGAGGAAAUACAGCAGAUGCCAGCAGUGAGGAGGAAGGUGAUCGGGUAGAAGAGGAUGGAAAAGGAAAAAGAAAGAAUGAAAAAGCAGGCUCAAAACGGAAAAAAUCCUACACUUCAAAGAAAUCCUCCAAGCAGUCACGGAAAUCUCCUGGAGAUGAAGAUGAUAAGGACUGCAAAGAGGAAGAAAAUAAGAGCAGCUCUGAUGCUGGGGACGCAGGCAAUGACACAAGAAACACUUCUUCAGAUUUGCAGAAAACCAGUGAAGGGACUUAACCAACAUAAUGACUGCUGAAUAUUAAGGGAAAAUACAAGAAGGUUACAUGUUUGGUUGUCUAAUAUUCUUGGAUUUGAUAUGAGUCACCACAUCUGUUCAUUACUAUCAUCAACAGCAUCCCAGUUUGUAUGCACAUUAUUCACAUUCCUAUCUGUUGUGUUUGCAGAAAUGACAUUUUACCCUUUUUUCUAAGGGUUACUUUUUGAUUUUCAUAUUAUUUGGUUGCAUGAAGUUGCCCUUUACCAGUGGCUGAGGUUUAUGAAGAUAUCGCAUACUUGAACAUGAUUUAGAUUCCUUUUCUAGAUAGAAAAGGUGUAACUCCAAAUUAUAUCAUUCUAAAUCAGCAAUUUUUAAGAACAAGUAAAUCUUAGAAAUGAGUCCCCUCCAUACAAUACUACAAUAUCUUCCACGUACAAACAUGAUUUUAGAUUUCCCUAUAUCCAUACUUUGAUUUUUGAUCAGUUUACAACACAAAAGAAAAAUUCUUCUUCAGUUGAGAUCACCACCAAGUUCAAUAAUGUAAUAAAAUACCUUUCCUUAUUAGAAGUACCUAGCUAGUUAUACUCUUAAUACUUCUCAAAAUCAUGAUGUAAUGUACACUAUCUGACUUAGUUCCUAUAUGUGAAGUUAGUGAAAGUCUUUUUGUGUUUCUUUAGAUUAAUACAAGGAUUUUUUCCAAUGCCAACUCAAUUUGAAAUCAUUCAUUUGGAUGCUUUCCAUUUUUAAGCUUACUGUGAUAUAGAACCCUAUGGGAAACCAAAAGAAAACAUCAAUUUUAAAUAAUGAAAGGCUUAAAAAAGGAUGCUGUCAUUCUGGCUUUUUUUUUUCCUUUUGGAAAUAGAACUAGACUAGUAAGUAAGCAUUCCAAAUCCAUUAUUCUGUGUACAUUAUUGUUGCUAUUGUGAUAAUAGAGAUUUUUAUUUAUUUUUAUGCCAGCUUUUAUUGUGAAAACAUAUUUAGUCUGGUUUUACCAAUCCUUGUUAUGCUUGUCCUUGGAACAUCUUUUGCGUAUUCAAGGUUUGUAGUUGAUGAGUUUACUGUAAAAAACUAAAAAAAAACCACAACAAAAAAAACAACAAAAAAAACCAAAACAAAAAGAAACAAAAAAAUGUAUUGUUUUUACAGAAUAAAUUUAUUGGAAUGUGUAUUGGGAGUAAGGUUUGAGGUUGUAAGCAACUAAGUUAGCGUCAUAUUUGGCUUCAUACGUGUAAUAAUGUGAGGUAUUAAUGUAAGUCAAGUAUUAAAGCAAAACAUUCUGUUAACAUGAGUUGACCAUAAUAGAUACAAGUGCAGGUGAGAUCUUUAUUUUUUCUGUACUUUGCCUUUUCUGGAUAACAGGAGGUUAUUAAAUUCACCUUGAAUGUA